AUGUGGGACUCUGUGCAAGUCGCCGCGGUGGUGACACGUGUCAUGAGAAUUAGUAGUCCCCCAAGUUCGCGGUCAAGAAGUGACUUCUGGGUUGGGAACUUGUUAGGUUUUUGUAUAAUCGUGACCGAGCAUUCCAGGUUCAGUGGGAGCCGUAGGGCAGUCCCUAGUCCCCCAAGUUGUCAAGCUAGAAGUGGCGUUAACACUUGGAAGGUCUUGCCGUUUGGUAACCAAGUGAUGGUUUUGGGCAACAAGGGCUUGGGGUCCCAACAGAUUGGGCUCAAGCUUGAAGGAGAAGUGGGGGGGAAGUUCAGGAAUGUGUCAAUGUCUAAGACACCGCGCGUAGAAAAAUAG